GGAGGACGCGCGCCGCCUGCGCCGUGGCGACCUUUGCCGGCGCUGCUCCUGCCCUGCGGCCGUGUGGUGCAAGGACCUGGAGAAGCUCCGCGCCGACGCGUGCGCGCGCUUGCUGGCAGAGAAGAGGCGGGACGUCUCAGCAUUGGCGGCCCACUAGCGGGGCGGUCGG